AUGCUCUCUAAACACUUCUCUCUACGAGGCCACAAGGCGCCAAUUGCCUGUUUCUGCAAGCUCCAGGACAAAAUUGUGUCUGGUGAUAGAGAAGGCUGGAUUGUAGUAUGGGAUUUGGACGUCAGACGACCUUUGGGUUUCUGGAAAGCCCACGAUGGGCAGAUCAUCUCUAUGGUGGAUACAGAGCUAGGACUAAUGACCCAGGGAAGAGACCUGGCGGUGAGGAUAUGGAACUUGGAGGAAUUGGCAGCUGAGCUGGAUUUGUCUCAUAUGGGUAGUCUGAGCUUGCCUAAACCAAAAUGUACGGAAAUUCCAGUGAAUACAUUGAACUUUGCCAAUGUCGACUAUAGUGAUGGUCUCUUGGCUACCGUUUCUACCACAACCUCAGAAUGUUUCGACAUAUAUGCUCUUCUGGGUGCUGGAGAAAAGUUUGCGCUACUGAGAAUUGUUCAGGCAUUCUCUGUUGGUGGAGGCAACGGUGGAAGUGACGAGACGAAACGAGACGGCGAAGGCAUCAUCAUGAAAUUACGAUUCGUGUCUCUGUCGUUGCUCUUUGUGGGCUAUGAGUCGGGAACUGUGAAGGGAUUCAAGUUGAGUGAUGAAAGCACGGUGCUGAGCUCGAAAUCGGAGCUGUUGGUGCUCAACAAGGACCUCAAGGUCACUGAAGUGUUCACAUAUUCCGGCCACAACCCUCAGCCGGUGCUUUCUUUGGAGUACGAUGCAGAAGAGCGAAAACUCUAUACGGGUUCUGCCUCCAAGAAGCUCAUAGUGGUCUCGAUCAGGGACAUUCAACAAGUGCUAGCUUCAGGGGACCCCCGAGAGCCUGAACAGUCUUCAAAGCCUAGCGGUCUCGGUGCAUUGCUUGGAAGGCCCAAGAUAGAGCUCCUAGAAGAUGUAAAGGAAACUAUGAGCUUCGAUAUCUCCACCCAUAAUCUUCGACAUUCUGGGAUCCUGAGCAUUCAAGUCGGGCAAUACGUUCAUGUCGUUUUUUGGGACGGAGUCAUCAAAACUUACACAAAGAGUUUAGAGGAGUUGGAUCGUCUUGAUAGAGGGAUGGAGAGGAUCAAAGUCGAUGAUGACAAUAACGACGUUUCCAAGCCAACAUCGAAAGCGCUUUGCUUAUACUUAUUGCCUUUUGAGCCCGUUGCCUCCGGAGCAACGUCCAGAAAGGAGCUUCUUCGUUUAAAGCGGCGUAGACAGGGUGCACUCUUAUUUGUAGGAUACGGGGAUAAUCUAAUCAGUGCUUACAACAUUGACCUGGUGUAA